CGCUUACACUUUACCAAAUCGAUUUCAGUUUCACUAAUCUACUUAAAAAGAUAUUGUUUUAUUACAUCUUGAGUUAACAAACUAGCUAUCAAGAAUACACUAUGUCAGGAGCUGCGGCAAGGACUGCUCCUCCAGAGUAUAUGGAGAAGAGAAAUCACAAACUCGCAGCGCUGGAUGCAAAGAAUAAGAAAAAGGUUGCUGCACUUUUGAAAAAAGAGGAAGAUGCGAAAUUGAAAGGUGAUCAGAAGGUGGCCAAACUACAAGCACAAGAGGAUAAAGCUUUGAGUAAACAGGACAAAUUCCAGGCAAAGAUUGUAAAAGUAGAUAACAAGACGCAAUCCAUUGUGGCUACCGAGCCGAAUGCUCUAGCUAAACAAGAGAAGGUGGUUUUGAAAUGCGAAGAGAAAUUGAAGGCUUACCUGGCAAAACUGGAUAAGGCAAAAGAUAAUCCAAAAAUAGACUACAAGCAGCUCGAUGCUAUGAACGAUACCGUCAUCAAGAUAGACGUCAAGAUCACAGAGGCAAAACAAAAGUUAGCUAGCCUUACCGAGAAAAAUCGUUUGGAGGUCAUCAAGUUAACCGUGGAGAAGGACGAAGCUCAGGCGAAGAUCGACAAUAAAUUGAAAUCCAUUUCACUGAAAAAGCGGAAAGAAGAAUACAAGCGCGAUCUCAAGGUACAUAGUUUGCAAGUAAAGAAAGCAGUGGCCAUGCGAAAUGACGCUCUGGUCUCAGAGAGCUUGUCCAAAAUCAGAGGUAAAACCGAGGCGCCACCCCCUGCACCACCUGUUGCCGCGGCUCCUGUUGCUGAAGAACAACCUGUCGACGAACCUGUGGUUGACAAACACGCUGAAAGAGCUUCUAUCGACGAGACCCCUCCAGCUGAGACAUCGACCAGCGAACAGCCGCAUGUGGAAGGCACUCCGCCAGAACGCCCUCCCAGCAGAGCAGAGCAGAGCCACACAGACGACAAAAACACGACUGGAUCAGCUAACACACACGAAGAACCGGUCGAAACACCCGCACGUGAGAGCAAUGCGGGCCACGUAGGAGAUAACACAUCGCAGCAUAGUGAGGAGCCUGCGGAAGCGCAGAGGAAACAGAGCAGUACAAGUGCACACAAAAACGCCGCCCCACCUGAAAGUAGGGGGUCGAUCCCACAAGAGACUGAACCAUAUACCGCAGAAGGUGCUGUAGCUACAUAGGCACCGUGCAUUAUAUAGAAUGCUGCGGAUUGAGAUAUAGUAUUCAAAUACACUAAGAAGGGUGAAAUUCGAGUUUGCGGCUCCGAUGUUUUUAAGCAUAUAUAUAUGUAUGCAUGAUACUAGCUUGUAAGGGUCGGAACAGAAGUUCAUCAGGUUCUGUUGCAAGUUAUUCUCACAGAAGUCAUGAUAAUGGUAAAUACAGUCGAAGUACAUCAUUACAAAACAGGCAUAUUGAAUGGGAUCUUGUUCAUUUAGAAGGCUAUGUGGAUCCGUGUUAUUGCUAUUCAAGAGGCCCCCGAGGGAUCCUAAUGGAAUUUUGUGUGUGUGACUGAACAACAGUACGUAUUUGUGUGUGUGUGUUGAGUGGAAGUGAAGGAGAAAGGGUCCAUCUAGAAAUCUCAGUAUCUCACCCUCAGCUCACCCUCCUGUGCGGAUAUAUUCACAAGUUAUAAGCUACUACCCUCUUAGGAGAAAAGCUUUUGGUCUCUUCGGCGCCCC